UGACACCAGAAAACCCAUUGAAAUAAUUCUAGCAGAAAUUUUUUGGUUAGCACAAAACUUUUUCCAUGGCAUGGCAUGGUGGAUGGAUUCUUUUUUUUUUGCCGCUCAGUUUCCAUUUAAGCGUCGAGCGAACAAAUUCCAGCGUCGGUGUGUGAACAAAAUAUUCCCAAACGAAACAUUUAAAUAUUUUCAUAAAACAUAAAGCGACAUAAUUAAUAAAUGCGCUUAAAUGCGCCAUGAACUAUGCAAAAGUGUUGUGCCACAAGUGAAAGCUAAAAAGUGCUCGCUGCAAUCAUGCGGAACACAUUAAGGAUUCAUUGCCUCCUGCUGCUGCUCCUCCUCCUUGAUGCCGUUGCGGCCCAGCAAACCCACAUAAAGCUGGAGCAGGGUGAUCUUAUUGGCCUCAAGGUCUUUCCGGAUGGGACACGUAGCGCUGUGUAUGCCUUUCUGGGAAUCCCCUAUGCCCAGCCACCUGUGGCCGAACUCCGUUUUGCGCCCGCCAAACCGAGCCUCAACUGGAAUCGCACUCUCCAGGCAAUGGCCAUGCGGCCCACUUGCCCGCAACUCUCCAACACCAUCUACGAUGAGAGCUCGGAGGGAGCAGGCAUGCCCAGGGCCGCACCAACGGAUGAGGAUUGCCUGUACUUGAACAUUUGGACACCGGAGACUGGGCUGCGGUAUGGAAAACUGCCCAUAGUGGUGAUCAUCACGGGCGAGGAGUUUGCCUACGAUUGGCCGAGGAACCGCAUCAAUGGCCUGGACUUGGCCGGCGAGGGAAUCGUCGUGAUUGGUGUCCAGUAUCGGAACAACAUCUACGGCUGGCUGGGACUGGGCGAGGGGCAUCGCCAGCUGCCUGGCAACUAUGGACUCACCGAUGUGAGGAUGGCCAUCAGGUGGGCUCAGAGGAACGCCGAUGCGUUCGGUGGCAAUCCGGAUCAGAUCACCCUGCUGGGCCAUGGCAGUGGAGGAGCAGCUCUGGUUCUGGCCAGUGCCCUGGAAGAGUCCAAUCUGGUGAAGCAAUUGGUGCUCAUGUCACCCGGUCCCGUGCUGCGUUCCUUGGGCUCGGGCCACGAUCAGCGCAUUGUGGAGACGGGCCGGGUGCUGAUCCAGAAGCUGGGUUGCCAGUUCGAGGAAGCCCAGCGCCGGCAGCUGCUGGGCUGCUUGAGGCGAACGAGCCAGGAGGAUUUGCUGCGAGCCUACGAGAGUGUCUACAACCAUGGCAACGGCAGCUAUCAGCUCGGUGUGAUCCUGUGGAGGGGAUUGGAGGAGCGACUUCGUAAUCAGACGCUGCCUCCCGUGCUGCUGGGAAUCACCUCGAAUGAGGGCGCCUUCCUGCAGGACUACUGGCUGGAUGUGGCCCGAGAGGGACAACUGGCACUGCAGGAGUACAUCAAUCACACUGUGAUGCCCAAUGUGCUGCGCUCUCUGGAGGCGGGGGGCGAGGACAGCGGCUCCCAGCUGGCAGCCAUUAAGUGGCGUUACUUCAACGGCGUGCCCGAGAGGGGAGGAAGUGUCAUCCAGCUGUUGAAUGGGAUGCAGCGAUUGCUGUCGGAGUCCCUCUACGAGCUGCCAUUCUUCCGUCUGCUGGACAUGCUUAAUGGUUCCACCAGCUACGCGUAUGUCUUCGACCAGGCGCAUUCGAUGGACAUGCGGGGCAGAAAGAAUCUCUUUGCAGGAGCCUCGCACAGCUCCGACCUGCCGCUGCUCCUGGGGCCGAGUCUGUUCCAGCAGAUAGCUCGACGUCGCUUCAGUGGCGAGGAGGAGCAGCUCUGCCGGAAGCUGAGGGGAGCCUUUGCCAACUUCGUUAAGAGCGGAAAUCCCACGCCAGGCAGAAUCUACGAUGCAUGGCUGCCGUACACUAGCCAGAGUCCCUUCAUCUACAGCCUGGGCGAGCAACAGGCGAAGCCCAUCCAGUCCGGAGGCUUGGACGAGGCCGAAAUCGACAAGCUUCUGAGAGGCGAAACGGCAGCGGGCAUCGAUCGCAGCCUGUCACGAACGAAUCGCCACGACACGUACAGAGCAGGCGCCUCCAACUCCUACACGGCCAGCAACCAACAGGACUCCGGGUUUGCCAAUCAUUUGCAGCGCGUCUAUGGGUUCUGGCAGGUGCUGCUGCCCCUGGAAAAGGACAAUGAAUUCCGCGGCGGGGCACUGGGCCAGAGGGUGCGUCUCUUGGAGGCCCACGCCGAUGCAGCGCGCUAUCGGCAGGGCUUCUAUGCGAUGUUGGGUCUGGUCUGUCUGCUCCUGGCCUGCCUCUGUCUCUGCGUCUAUCUGCUGAAACGCAAUCCGGAUACUCUGCGACGACGAAACGCAUCGUCGGCGUCGGACUGCUAUUGCUUAUGA